AUGAACGAAUGUCGAUAUAUGUUUGGUUGUACGUUAGAAUCAAAACUUGAGUCAGGACAAUGUUUUAUUCGAUAUCAAGUUGUUGAUGACGAUGGAAAACCACUUAAGAAUCCAGAAUUUAAAACAGUUGUCGGACCAGUUAUCAUUACAAAAAAUCCUUGUGCUUAUGCCGGCGAUAUUAUGAAAUUGGAAGCUGUCGAUUUACCUGAACUUGAUUGUCUCAAAGAUGUAAUUGUCUUUUCGACUCAAGGCUAUCGACCAGAUUGUAAUAAAAUUGCUGGAUCUGAUCUUGAUGGUGAUCACUACUUUGUUUAUUGGGGUCAACAAUUACAACCUUCUGGAACAAUUGAACCUCUUGAAUAUAAGACACAAUCAUCCAGUAGUGAUUCGAUACCUAUUACUGCUGAUAGUGUUAAAGAUUAUUGUCUGUCUUUGUUGGGUGCUACAAGUUAUGGUGAAAUUUAUAAUUUACAUGCUAUUGUUGUUGAUCAAAAUCAAGAAAAACAUCCAAAAAGAACAUGUCAGAGAUUGGCUGUUGAAAUGGCAGAGAUGUUCUCUGCUGCUAUCGAUUCUGGUAAAACAGGAUAUCAAAUAGAUAGAAAUCGUAUAAAAGAAAUUCGAAAGAUUGUUGGCAAUAAAUAUCCAGAUUUUCUUAUGAAAAAUCCUUCAUACGAAUCUCAAUCAAUUUUGGGUAUACUUUAUCGUAGAGCACUUGAGUUCAAAAAUCAACAUUCAACUUUAUUCAAAGGUCAAGAUAUGAAUGAUUCAACAAAUUCUUCUACUAAAUUUAACGGAAGAAAUUUUCGCUUUUAUGUGAGAGUUCGUACUGCAUUAAACAUUAAUCCACAUAUCAUUCAUCAAGAAUUAUAUUCGAUCUUUGAUGCAACCGCGACAGUAUCGAUGGAAUCAUCAGUUGAUACAUCAGUCGAAGAUACAAAAGAAGUUUGUUCACUUAUUGAUACUAAUCUUCCUAUUACAAUUAAUGAAACACAAGAAAAUGUUAAUAUAAAUUCUGAUAUAAACGAAUAA